AUGGGAUCUCAAAUCCAGACAUCAACCAGCGUAUAUAAAGUUGCAGGAAGCUUGUCCUUGACAAUCGAUGUGCAUGUCCCUGAAGGGUAUGACCCUAACUCCGGGACCGCUCUCAUCCACUUCCACGGUGGCUAUCUUGUAAUUGGUGAAAAGACUACAUUUCCGCCGCACUGGCUGAUCAAUGCCUGCCACCGACGCGGAUGGGCGUACGCCACGCCAUCGUACCGCUUGAUGCCGGAGGCCAAUGGUCUUGAUAUUCUCCAAGAUGCCGUCGACGCCACCAACUGGAUACGAGACCACUUUGCUCGGUCAAACCGAUUAAUCGUUGCCGGUUCUAGCGCUGGUGGUUACCUUGCGCUCGCCACAGUGGCUCAUCCUCAAUCACCGCCGGUUACGGCUGUACUUCCGAUAUACGGCAUGCUUGAUCCUGCGGGCCCACGAUACGUCAAGCCGGGACAGCCAUUAACUACACCGGUUGAUAACCUCGAGUCUGUCGUGGAACAGAUAUAUGCUGUCAGAGCAAAGUCGAUUAAAAUUGACGGUUAUGCGUUCCCGCAGGAUAUAGCAACAGAUAAAAGAUAUACUUGGAUAAAAGCACUGCAUGAGGCAGCUCUGUAUCCAGAUAUAUUAACAGAUGUGCGAGGUUUAGCACAGCAGAUCAACGAGCAUGGUAUUGACGCCAUCCCCGAAAAGUUCCGACAGCUAUUUCCUGCUUCGUUUGGGCUUCACCGGGAAUUUCCUCCUACAGUAUUACUACACGGAGACGCAGACGUCGCCGUUGACGUGGAGUUAAGCCGUGGUGUAGCAAAGGCUCUUGAGGACUUGGGAGUCAAAGUCUUGCUGGAGAUUGUUAAAGGUCAAGGCCAUGGCUUCGACGUCAGGGAUAUCCCGCCAGAUAUCGAUAUUCUUAAUGAUUCUACAGGAGACCUUCGUAGUAGCCUGUCUAGGGUCUUCAAGUUUCUAGAGCAAGCUGUGGGCUGA